CUAACCUAAAGCGGUUGCCAGAGAAAACAGGGGCUAGUACAGGUGUCUUCGCCAGUGGCCAAGCUGAAAUACACAGUAGCGAAAGAUGGCGACGGUGCCGACCCUAGUGAAUGUGACGUGGCUGGCGGAACGGCUGGCGUCCCCGUCCCUGUCAUCCAGGGCCAUCCGCGUGCUGGACUGCUCCUGGUACCUGCCCAAGCAGAAGCGCGACCAGCGGGGAGAGUACAAACUGCAGCACAUCCCCGGCGCACUCUUCUUCGAUCAAGAGGAAUGCUGUGACAAGGCCAGUCCGUACGAAAACAUGCUGCCGUCUGCAGAAGACUUCGAAAGUUACGUGGGCAGUCUAGGCGUGGACAACAACACACACGUCGUCGUGUAUGACGGCUCAGACAUGGGUCUGUUCUCGGCCCAGCGUGUGUGGUGGAUGUUCCGCGUGUUCGGCCAUCCUCUGGUGUCCGUGCUGAACGGCGGGCUGACCAAGUGGCGCGCGGAGGGGCGGGGCGUGUCCAACGAGAUUCCCAAGGUCGAUAAAGCUACAUUCAAGGCCACCUACACGCCGGCCCUGGUGCGCGACUUUGACUUCAUGACGACUAACCUGGCCGACAAGACCGCGCAGGUGGUGGACGCCCGGCCGCCCGGCAGGUUCAACGGGACGGAACCGGAACCAAGGGCAGACUGUGAACCUGGCCACAUCCCCAACAGCCUCAACAUGCCGUUCGGUAAGAUCCUGGAUCCUGAGAGUAAAACCGUCAAACCUCCGGACAAACUUCGGGAAGUCUUCGCGGCUGUAGGUGCAGACCUGUCGGGCCCGCUGGUAGCGACUUGCGGUUCGGGCAUGACGGCCUGCGGGCUGGUCCUGGCCGCCUACCUGUGCGGGAAGGAAGACGUCCCGGUGUUCGACGGUGCUUGGGUCGAGUGGUUCAAACGUGCCAAGCCAGAGAACAUCAUCUCAGAGGCUAAAAAGGAAUGACGGAGCCUCCAGAUUCGGUAGUCAGCCGAUAAUCAUGUUUAAAGUUAAAAC